AUGGGACAACAAACAGCUCCUUCGGUGUUCCCUCUGGUCUCCUGCUGUAGCUCCACCACUGAAGAACUCCAGGGAAAUGUGACCUUUGCCUGCCUGGCUGCCGAAUAUUUUCCGAGCAAUGCAGAAAUCACAUGGGAACCUCAUGAUGCAAAAAGAAUACAGACAUUCCCGGAAACGAUCGCAUCUGGAAGCAACAGACUUUACAAAAGGAGCAGUCAGUUCACAGUGCCUUCUGCAGACUUUAAAGCAAACACCUAUACAUGCAUCGUGAAGCAUGCUGCUAUUGGAAAGCAAGAGGGUAAACGAAAGCGAAUCGAAAACAAAGAAUGUACUGAAAGAAAUCCAACACCCAUCCAAGUUCGCCUGUCAACCCCUGACUGUGAUGCGGAGAACACAGAGACCAAUCUGGAGCUUGUAUGUAUCCUUUUGAGUUCUGGCCCCGGACAAGCCAAAGUGGAAUGGCUGAUCAAUGGAGCUGUGGAGCAAACAAGAGAGAAGGUGACCCUCACUGCACAUGACAGCAAUAGCUACUCCAGCUACAUCACACAAAACAUCACCAAAAAGAGUUGGGACAAAGAGGACCACUACACAUGCCGAGUGACUCACCUGCCCAAAACCCAGAAUGUUGAAAUGUACAACACCAGCAAAUGCAAAGCCUGUUAUAAAUUGAUGCAAGUACCCACCACCACAAUCACCAAACCAUCUUACAGAGAUCUGGUUGAAGGGAAAGCCAUCAUCACCUGUCUCGUGGAGGGCUUCUUCCUUGAAAAGAUCCAAAUCACCUGGAAUGUAAAUGGCAAGCCUAGCACCAAUCGUCAGGCAGGAAUUGUGAAGUCAGGAGCUGGUGGCCAACAGAAUGCAAAAAGUAGCCACUCGGUAUCACCAGAGCAAUGGGAACAGGGAACCACAUUCCAGUGCAAAGUAGCCAUCAUGUGCUUAAAAGAAACCACCAAAGAAGUCACAAUCAAAAAAGACACACAUAUACGAACCACGAUGCCUAUAAUCACAAUCUCCCAAGCCUACCGUGACAUAUCUUCCAACAGCAACAUUGCCCAGAUUCUUGUGUGUGAUGUGAGUGGGUUUUUUCCAAUGGAAAUCAGCAUCUCAUGGAAGAAGAAUAGCAUGCUGCUGAACACAUCACUGUAUGACAAUGGGCCUGUGAUGUCAUCUGGAAAGGUCUACAUCACUUACAGCAUCCUGAGGAUUGGUAGGAAUGAAGGAGGGAAUGGGAGAGACAGCUAUACCUGCGUGGUCCACCAUCCCUCCUCUCCCAAGCCAAUCACAGCUGAUGAAACAGUAUCCUUUGAUUCCCUGGAACCAACUUCCCCUCAAGUUAUGGCAUUCCACACCUCUGAGAAAGAGGCAAGACAUAAACUCAUCUGCUUUGCUACUGGUUUCCAGCCAAAAAAUAUAGACAUUCACUGGAGUGUCCCAGGAACAAACCUCACCUGUAGUUCUAACUCUUCAGCCCUGGUGGCCCUCAGUGAUGGAAAGUAUCAGAAGAGCUGCAACUUGGAAUUCAGCGAAGAAGAUUGGAGAAAACCCCAAACAUAUACAUGCACCGUCAACCACAGUUCAAGUAACACUUUGAUUAAGAAAGUCCUACAUUCUUCUGGAAUGGUCUCAGCUCCCAUCAACACAACAAUUAUGACCAUUGAACCCCCAUCCUUUGAAGACCUCUUUACAAACAAAAGUGCAGCUCUAACAUGCAUGGCACCCCUUGCUGAUGCAAUGAUGAACUGGACAGUCAUUUGGCUUAUGGAUGGACAACCUGCCAGCACUCAAGCUGUGUCCACAGAAGUCUUGAAUAAAACCACGAGCACUGCCUUGAUACAUAGCCAGUUGAUGGUGAACCUUGCUGAAUGGAAAGGCACCAUAAAGUUCACCUGCAGCAUUUCUACUGGAUUAGGAGAAGUCAAACAAGUCUACGAGAGAAGGAAUGGCACUAUGAAGUCCCCCAAAGUCUCCCUCCAGCAGCAGUCCUCCCAAGAAGACUUAAAUGUAACCAUAUUCUGCAUAGCUACAGAUUUCUACCCAGGAGAAGUUUUUGUGAAAUGGCAGGAGGAGAAUAUGGAGAUGUCACUGAAGGGCCAUGAUGCCCAUGACUUGAAAUGUGACCACAAAAGAGACAGAUGCUCUUUACUCAGCAUCCUCGAAGUCCCCAGAAGCCAAUGGAUGAUGGGUGUCUCCUACAUGUGCCUUGUAGCUCAUGUCUCCUCUGCAAAUAUCAUAUUUAGAAGAAUCAAUUCUCAUUCUGAUUCCUGGGGCUGUGCUGUCACAACUGCUGACAUCUGUGGCACCUGCAAUGAAACAGAAGAUGAAUACAGUGAACUACCUGAGAUGGAUGCUGCCUGGAACAGGGUCUCCACUUACCUGAUCCUCUUUCUUCUUGCACUCUUCUAUGGGGGCCUUGUCACUUUCUUCAAGGUCACAGAUCAGCAGGGAACUGUGCAAGCAUUUCCCAGCAAAGUGACAGCCAUCCAAAGAACUCCUCAAAGUGCCCCUUCUCUUUUCCCUCUCAUUGUACCCUCUGAGAGCAUCCCAAGCAAUGGACUCGUCACCGUCGGGUGCUUAGCCAAAGACGUCAUGCCCGAUGUGGUCAGUUUCACCUGGAACGAUCAGAACAAUGUCAGCAUCGAUGCAAAUUAUGUCAAGCAGCUCCCUUCCGUGUUCAACCCAUCUGGAACUUUCACCUCCAGCUCCCAGGUGGCCAUCUCUGCCAACGACUGGAGGAAUUUUGAGCCAUUCUAUUGCAAAGCUACUAACAAAGCCGGAACUGGGGUGGUGCGAGUCACUCGCCAAACUUCCUGUCUUAAGCCUGAGAUGAUCAUCCGUGCGCCACGCUUAGAAGAUUUUGAGAAUUCUGACCCAAAUGCCACCAUUGUCUGCAUGGCUGUUAAUUUGCAAACUGACAGAGCCACAGUCCAGUGGUUGAAGGAUGGACAUGCGCUCAACUCUGGCUUCGCCACCACUGGACCAGCUGUAAUGGGUCGUGAUGGCUACAGAAUCAUCAGUGAGCUCACAGUGGAUAAGAGGGACUGGGUCUCUGACAAGACAUUCUCCUGUGAAGUGCACAACAAGAACUUCACAAGCAUUAAGAAUAUCAGCAAGUCCCUUGUCUGUGACACGGGUCCUUGUACUGAACUCAAAGUCCAGGUGAAGACCAUCCCACCAUCCUUUACUGAUAUUUACCUAACCAAAUCAGCCAAGAUAACCUGCAGAAUCUCAAACAUCCCCUAUGAUCAGGAUCUUAAAGAACUGGAAGUCAUCUGGACACGAGAACGUGACAACACACAGCUGGAGACCAUAACUGGACUAGCUACAGCACAAGAAGACAAUGCAUUUAUAUUUGUAGAUGCAACGGCAACUGUGUGCCCAGAAGAAUGGGACAGUGGGGACACUUUUAAAUGCAAAGUGACUAUUCCUUCCCUUCUUCCCACAGCUGAAACAAGAACCCUGCAGAAGCUUAAAGGUAGUACUUACCAGGCUCCUGCUGUCUAUGUCCUCCCCCCACCCUCAGAACAACUGGAUUUGCAGGAAACGGCUACCAUCACUUGCCUGAUUAAAGGUUUCUACCCCAACGACUUCUUUGUGAAAUGGCUCCGGAACGAUGAACCCAUGGGAGAUUCAGAAUACUUCAUCAGCAAACCCAUACAGGAAUCCAAGACCCCCGAGCGGUACUUCACCUCCAGCAUGUUGAACGUCAAUGAGCAAGAUUGGAGUUAUGGAGCCAGAUACACCUGCGUGGUAGGACAUGAGGCACUUCCCCUCCAGACAACCCAGAAGACUGUCGACAAGAACACGGGUAAACCCACCCUUGUCAACGUCUCCCUAGUGUUGUCUGAAACUACAAAAACUUGCUACUAGACAUUGUUGUCCCUCUAUUUCCACCGGCAUCCUUCUCUUGUUGUGUCUCUUCUUGUUUCUUUAUUGGCUCUUUAAUGGAACGGAUGGGUGAUGUUGAAUAU